GUUUUGGUCUGUAUCAUCUAUCUUUCUAAUCUGUAAAUCACUCUCUGGUGUCUUCACUUCGGUCUUGUAGAAAUUUGCCUGAUGCACCCUCUCGAUGUGGUGAAAACCAGGUUCCAGAUUCAGAGAUGUGCAACUGAUCCAAACAGUUAUAAAAGCUUAGGAGACAGCUUUCGAAUGAUUUUCCGCACGGAAGGGUUGUUCGGUUUUUACAAGGGGAUUCUGCCACCCAUCUUGGCUGAAACACCAAAAAGAGCAGUAAAGUUUUUCACCUUUGAGCAGUACAAGAAAUUGCUUGGAUAUGUGUCUCUGUCACCAGCAUUGACAUUUGCUGUUGCUGGACUGGGAUCUGGACUAACAGAAGCCAUUGUGGUCAACCCUUUUGAGGUAGUAAAAGUUGGCUUGCAAGCCAAUCGGAACAAAUUUACAGAGCAACCAUCCACCAUGAGUUACGCAAGACACAUCAUUAAGAAGGAAGGUUUGGGACUCCAAGGCCUCAACAAAGGAUUUACAGCAACUUUGGGACGUCAUGGAGUUUUCAAUAUGGUUUAUUUUGGCUUCUACUUCAAUGUCAAAAACAUUAUUCCUGUCAAUAAGGAUCCAACCUUGGAGUUUUUGAGAAAAUUUGGGAUUGGUCUUCUCUCAGGCACAAUAGCCUCAGUCAUUAACAUCCCUUUUGAUGUUGCCAAAAGUAGGAUUCAAGGGCCUCAGCCAGUUCCUGGAGAGAUCAAGUACAGAACCUGUUUUAAAACAAUGGCCACGGUCUAUCAGGAAGAAGGCAUUUUAGCUUUGUAUAAAGGCCUGCUUCCCAAGAUUAUGAGGCUCGGACCAGGUGGUGCAGUGAUGCUGCUGGUUUAUGAAUACACCUAUUCAUGGCUUCAGGAGAACUGGUGAUUGCCUACGGUGUAUUUUCCCCCCUUGUGAAAAUGGAUUUUCAUUACACAGCACCAUCAGGAGGCGAGAAUAUCUAUCAGUUAAGCCCAUACAAUGAUAAAUUAUAAUUAUAUACUUAGAUACAAUUGUAAAGGGUAAAACAGUGUGCUCAAGAACAAAAUCUAUUUGAUACUUGAAAAAUUAUCUCUAGAC